AUGGUGGCCUCAGGCAUGUACAAGGAGGAUGGCAAAGUGAAUGGUGUAACAGACUCGACAAGGAUUUUGGGAUAUACCUUUCUCCACCCAAGCGUUGUUCCACGCCCCCACGUGCAGUCCAUUACUUUGACCCCUCAGGAUGAAUUCUUCAUUCUGGGCAGCAAAGGCCUGUGGGACAGCCUCUCCGUCGACGAAGCUGUGGAGGCUGUCAGGAACGUGCCCGACGCCCUUGGAGCUGCCAAAAAACUUUGCACGCUGGCUCAGAGCUACGGCUGCAAUGAUAGCCUCAGUGCCGUGGUGGUUCAGCUCAACGUAACUGAGGAUAGCUUCUGCUGCUGCGAGUUAAAUGGGGUCCCUCCUCCCAGCCCCGGCAGCUUCCCCCAGUCUGUCAACGUAGUCAUCAAAGAUAAGCCUUCUGAUGCUUUGGGAAUGCCUUCGUCGAGCAGCGGCAUGGCCUCUGAGAUCAGCAGCGAGAUCUCCACCUCCGAAAUGAGCAGCGAGGUUGGAUCCACGGCCUCCGACGAGCCCCCUCAGGUAACCAUGAACGAAAACAGCCCCGCGUACCCUAAUGAACAGCGCUGUAUGCUCCAUCCAGUUUGCCUCUCCAACUCCUUCCAAAGGCAGCUGUCCAGCGCGACGUUUUCCAGCGCCUUUUCGGACAAUGGCCUUGACAGCGACGACGAGGAGCCAAUCGAAGGGGUCUUUUCUAACGGGAGCAGAGUCGAAGUGGAAGUGGACAUCCACUGUGGCCGGGCAAAGGAGAACCAGAUGGUACUCCAGGCCCCGGUGGAAGUCACCGAUGAGGGCAUUGUCAUCAGUGCGAAUGAAGAAGACGCGUGCCCCCUUCGGAAGGCCGAUGCUUCGGCCACCGGCACGAUUGGGCGCCGCCGAGGCAAUGGCUCAGUGGCUCCUCCGGAGAGGAGCCACAACCUAAUCGAAGUAGCAGCCGACGCGCCACUCAGGAAGACCGGGGGCUAUUUUGCCGCUCCAGCUCAGCCAGAUCCGGACGAUCAGUUCAUCAUCCCGCCAGAGCUUGAGGAGGAGGUGAAGGAGAUAAUGAAGCAACAUCAUGAGCAGCAACAGCAACAACAACAACAGCAACAACAACAGCAACAACAACAGCAGCAGCAACAACAACAACAGCGUCAAUAUCAACUGGACCAACUGCCCGAUUAUUACGACACACCGCUAUGACGGAACUUUGGGAAACAAGCUAACAAGACAUUAAGAAUUGGAAGCUCCUUAGGUUUGUAUUACACUAAUGAGGUGAGGAAGGAAGAAAGCUUUUGUUCCACUUUCUCUUCCAGAUCCUUCCCUUUAACGGAGAAGUGCAGCUGCUUCUUGAUUGUUAGCUCUAAUGAUCACCAACUUCCCCCCCCCCUUUUUUUUUCUAGUGAUGCUUCACUGGUUAGAAAUUAAUCUAGUUUAACUCCUUCCCUUCCUUAACAUAUCAGAUGUGUACAAAACAAGUGGAGAAAAAUUAAAAUACAAAAGGUUUAAUAUAUUACAAAGAAGCUGAUGAUGACGUUUGUGUAAUAUUUUUUAAAAUUGUUCUCCUUUUUUCUCCCCCCUUCCCCCCCCCUCUGUCUGUCUGUUUGGAAAACGGGGCAGUAUCGCCAGUGCUAAAUGAUUAAGUAAUAUUGUAAUACUGUUAUUUCUUUGAGAGAAAAAAAAAGGCUUUUUUUGGUCUUGAAAAUGGAUAGACAUUUGUAGAAUUAUGGAGACUAACUCCUAGGAGUUGCUUUUACUCUUUCAGGUGGCUGUAAGUCACUGAGACUCACUAAUUUUCUCUGAGAGAACAGCUGAUUGGGAAAUUCCUGUAAAUAACUCAGUGUUAUAUAGUGAUGCUUCACAUGUUUUUGUAGACCUGGCAAGGAGGGCACAACCUAAUAAACUGACAUUUUGCCCCCCUCCCCAACACACACACACACACACACCUGUUUCCAUGUACACCCGGGAGCUUUCGCAUGUACGUCAAAGCUACCAUCGAUGCCACCAAAUUGGGAGGGCAGGAAAAUCCUAUCAACGCGGAGUCCUCUCAGCGGGUGAAGGUGAUGAAAUGUGUGAGGCCCCGAUGACCUGUUGGGUCUGUACCACCAUCUUGAUUUGGCGGGGCCCAAGUCACCAAGGGGGACGGGACGGGACACGACUAUGUUCUCAAGUGAAGUUGCCCACAAAUGAUGACAUUUUUUUGGAUUCCAAUCCAUACAAAAUUAGCAGGAGCAGCUGUAACAAGCUGGGCAGACUUCGGUGGGCCACAGGUCCUCCUUAUGUUAAUUUUUUUUUUUCCCCCAGUCUUCACCAUUAACUUUUUUGGCACAUUUUUGUGUGUUCCUCCCGGCUGUCACAACCAGCAUGAUUGUAUAGAGUUCAUUUACUGUAGAUCAUUUACAUACCAAGAGUUAUAUUAAAGAAGAAUGCACAAAUGAACAUGUCAUAAUUUUUGUUAUAAUAAAUAUAAAAAUUUACAAAUA